AUGAGCAAAAGGGAUGUUGGAGAAAGCCCACAUGUCGUUCCAGCUAUUGUUGAAGACGAGCUGCAACAAAGGAAAACGUCACACAAAAAGGAUCGUUCGUCUGAACGGUAUAAUUCCUAUUUGAAUGAUGCCUAUCGACUCUCUUCUUCAGGAAGUGUUUCAGUUCCAAGAAGCAUCGAUUUUUCGGCAACUCUUCCAAAGAAAGAAACUAAGAAGAGGACUCAAAAACGAAAACAUGAAGAUGUAGUGCCAGUAAUGCCCGCAUCGAUGAAAACCUCGGUUUUGUCAAGAGAAAAGAAACGACCAGACAAAAGAAAAACGAAGACAACAAAUCCAACCACACCACAGAUGCCUUCACGUCGAAACUAUCAACAAGAAAUGCGUCAAUUGAGCGGUGCACCACCUCCCGCUAUAAACCCUUCAAUUACCACAAUUGAUAUCACCAACAUUUCAACAGACACAUCAAGACCUUUAAACCCAUUUGAUGUGCCGAUCAACAAAACGCCUUCUGCAUUUGGCAAGAUAAAUGCAGGUCAGUCGUACGCUUCAUUUUCAAAGUCAAUUUCACUACCUUCACAUUCGCAGCCCCCUGUCGUUGCUCCACCACCACCUCCCAAAGAUAUACUUUCUGACAAAGACUUAUAUCCAUCGCUUAAAGGUUCUGUUAUUCCGACACCAAAAUCUCAAUCACAAAAUGAGAUGACAACAACACCUCGACAGGGCGAUAUUCCAGUUCCUGACGGUUACAAAACCCCAAUUCAAAAUUCACCACAAUCAAAAUACCCGCCCCCAUUAAGGAAAUUGCAAGAAUUUCCAAGCAGAGAUCAAAAAUUACAAAACGAAAGAUCAAUUCUAAUGAAUGUACAACCCGAAACUCUCGCCACUCCAAUAAAACCUACUGAAACUGAAAUGAACAAUCCACAAAAUAUCGAAACCGAAAAUACAAAAAGAUGUCUUCAACCGAAAAAAACAAGCGAACUUUUUUUGCCACCCGAGGCGAUUAAUAAUAUUGAGAUUUCACACGUCAACAACGACACAAUACUCCAAAACGAUAUGGAAGAAAGUGCAAAACGAUUGAGCUUUUUUGAUGAACGUAACAAAACGAUUGGAAACGAAAAAAAUAAACCGAAAAGAGGAGAGAUAAUACCUUUACAAAUUAACACGACCACACAAGAUUACUUAAUACCCUCAAAUAAUUCUAAUACAAAAGAAAAUGUUACUACUAGUUCUUUGAAUAGAAAGAAUAGAUCAGAUAUAGUAACUUCUGGUAUGCCAACAGAUUAUAAAACACCAAAUUUAAAAACAAAUGAAGAGAUACGAAAGGAAAGUCAUCAAAAAACACCUCAACCCAAAGAAAAUGUGAUUGAUGUUGAGAUGAGAUGUGGCGGAACGGUUGCAUCUGUUAUACCGAUGAUUUGUGAAGAAAAAGCACAAGAGAAUGGUGUUGCACCAAGAAAGACGGAAUUUAAUUUAAUACCCACAGCAAAACAACCAUUGAAAGAGGGUGAGAAACCGUUACAAAGAGAAUGUGAAAUGGUAAAUGAACAACCUGAAAGAAACAAAGAAAAGACUCAAACACAAAGCAUCACAACUGGUACAGUAAAUACAAUUGUGGAGAGUUAUAUUGUUGAUAAUGAUGUUACUCAAACAAAAGGAUUCAUUGGAAGUAAUGAUGUCACGCAACAUGGGGGAAAAGAGAUGGCAAAAGAGAAGAAUGAUGUUGCAAGAAUGGAAGAAGAACCACAAGGAAAUGAGAAACAACGAAAAAUGGAGGAAGAAGAGAAGACAAAGGAAUACCCCGUUGAAGCCGACAAGAGUAGUGAAACAACAAGUGAAGACACGUCAGAAAGUGAAGAAGACUCGUAUGAGAGAGAGAUGAGGCCGAAGAGAAGUUACCGCGCAAUGGUGUUCACAUCCGAGAGCGAAGAAGAAGAGGACGUCAAAACAAUUCCGUUUGAGUCACGAAUGGCAAUGUUAGCGUAUAGGAAGGAGAGAGAAAUGCGGGAGAUGAUCGAGGAGAGUCAGGCGUACCUUGCAAUCCAACGCCAAAUGUGUCAGCAAUACCACCAGUACUUCCUUAAUUGUCAUACCAUUGGCGCAAACUACUCUUUCUCGGAUACUACUUUGGCACAAGCACAAACACGUGAAAAUGAAGUUUUAACAACAGAAACCCAACAUGCUAUUGAAGCAAUAAAGAGACAGAUACCAAUGGAAGAAGAGUUAACCAAACAAAAUGAAAUGAAAGUUCAUGAAGAAGUUAUCCCCCCAAAAGAAAAGCAUCACAAAAAGAAGAAACACGUCCACAAACAAAAAGAAGUCCAACCAACAAACUUAAUGGAAAAUACAUUGUCUGAAAACCCCCAGAAAAUAGACGAAGUCAUAACUGAAGAAAAGAAACAAGACCAUUCAUUAAUUAAUCCAAAUGAAGAAGCGAAUAGUAACAUUUUUAAUGUUACGUUGAAUGUUUUAACUGAACCAAAUGAAGAGUCCACACUAUCAAUAAAUAUACUUCCAAAAGAGUUCGCAAUUGAAAAGAAUGUUGCUGAGUUGGAAGAUGCGCUUCCUCCCAUUACAAGUGUAACACCAAUGUCAUUACCACUUAAACUGGUGUCUCCAUUAAUUAUCGAACCACUCAACGUUUUAAAGAAGAGUGAAAAAGUCGAAGAUGUAUCAUUACCAUCAAUACCACAAAAAUUUCAAGAAAACAAAGUUCCAGAGUCUCUUCUAGCAUUAAACGAACAAAAUCCAAUUGAAAUUAAGCAGAAAGAAACAGAACAAAAAAUGAAAGAAAAGCCAAAGAAGAGGAGACGUUCUGGGACUUCACAUCGACAAGGAGACGAGUUGAGUGUGACUGAAGAUAAAUCUGUCAAGGAAGAAAAGAAGAAAUUGCAUAAAUAUGAGCCUUAUGACGUACAGAAUUACCAGGAACUGUAUCACAUGAGCGACGACAUGGCGAAGUGUUUCCCGAUAUUAAAUUCAAUCAUUAAACUGAAUAAGAGCGAACCAUUUAGAACGGCAGUGGACCCGAUAUACUACGAUGUGUUGGAUUAUUUCACGAUAGUGAAGGAUCCGAUGGAUUUAUAUACGGUGAGGAAGAAAUUGAUGAAUGGAGCGUAUAAGAAUCGAAAAGAGUUUGCCAAGGACAUGGUUCUUGUGUUUGAGAAUGCUAUGAAUUACAAUGAGAAGAAAACUCCGAUACACCAAGACGCCGAGGAAUUACUGAAAGUCUUCGAGGAUUUGUAUAAUAGAGUCUUUGUGCUUCGGAAUGUGGAAACAUCGAUUACAACACUCGAAGAGUUUCAGGUGUCAUAUUUCCCCGUCGGAUUUCAGCCCGUUUACGAACACUCGAAUUUGUAUUAUGAGGAUGAUGUAGAAGCGGAAAUAAUGAGAGAGUACAUUUCGAAGUUAAAAAUGAGAGUGAAGAAGAUGACUAAUGAAAAUAUACUAACGAGUGAUAUUUACGAGCGAAAACGAUUGAGCGUAUCAGAGAAGGAGAUUAUCAUGUACAAAUUGAGUAAAGUAUCGAGUAAGCGCAUUGAAGCGAUCUAUGAUGAACUUGGGAUCAUAAGAGAGCCCGGGAAAAUCUUUGUGUUUGACAUAAAUCGGUACGACGACACGUUAUUAAAAAAGAUAGAACAACUUGCAGAUGGGACGUUUGAGUUUGCGAUCGAGCCACAAGAAGAGGUAGACAAUAAAGAAGUGAGUAUCGAAGUGAAAGACAAAGAUAAUAGUUUAUUAUCGACACGGGUGGAAUGA